AUGACAGAAAAAGGACCCAUAUGGCCAGACGGUGGUGACAACAGCCCAGUCAGACCAAUGCAGUCCCUCAACGGGAGUGGUCCAUCAUCACUGGGAAGGGCAACCGCCCACUCAAACACCGACAACGUUGGCAAUGGGGUCCGCGGUAGAGUUCAUUGCCAGUUUAUGGCGACCGCCACCCGUCGCAACGGAACACCCGGCCACAACACCCACCACAGCACCUCAAAGAGCGUCGAACAACCAAUCACAACCAACAGAAAAUCGACCUCUGACACCAUUACGAUAGGUGGGUACCAGCACCUGGUCCCCCGCUACCAUUCUACCCGCACAACUCUCAUCCACAGGUCAUCUGUCUUCCCCGAUGGCCAGCAUGUCGCACAUCCCGGUCCAGGACAGGGGAAAAGUCGCCACCCCCAGACAAACAGCCCGGGGGGAGAAGGGCGCGAUAGCAACAGCAUUACAACGCUAGAAACAUCGAGGAUAGUCAGCAGGAACACCAAACGAGGUUGGAUACCCCUAAGCCUGCCAAAAUGUUGUCACACAACGAAAGGCCUGAGAACGGAAAAAGAGGAAACAACGGGGCAUAAGCGCGAAGUCUCGCAGCUCGACCAGAAACGCAAGGGGGAAACCGCUAAAGUCGGAGUAGCGAGGGUAGGUAACUACCCCAGAAAGGAAGAUGUCAACAGGAGACCCACCACAACUGUAAGGGCCCACAACUGGCAAAGGCUUCUUUUAGGACGACAUUUAGUCGGGAACCUCGCAAACAACAGCAGGAAAAUCGAACCACAAAGGAGCCAAAGGGUCAUAAUAAUACAAACAUGCACGCCGAACAAGACAAACUCAUCCCUAGAUGAUAACCAGGUAACCAGAACCGGGGAAUGGAAAAAAUUGAAGAUCGUCCUCCCAAAGACGGCCAACCUAAAAACAGCCAACCAGGGCCCGCAUGCUAGCACGAACGCUGAAGAGCUCGUGGACACAAGCCGCCAAGGGACAGAAACCAGGAAAGACCAAGAAGAAGAAUUUGCUCUGAUGGCCUGGGAGCCCCAGAGCCCAAACCAACAGGCUUAG